AUGGUCGCAGCAAGAUCGCGAACGAAAGAAGGCCGAGCCAAGAAGAGCUAUUACGGAAUUGACAUCCACGAACUUAUCGACAAGGCAACAAAGGAGAUUGCCGAGGCGCACAAAGCAGCCGCCACGGCUCCCAUCGCCCCUCCAACAAACCCAGACAGACCUGUACGAUCGGUCGAAGAACACACAACAAACACCAAGAAGCACAAAAAGAGCCUAUUAUGGACAGAAAAAUACCGUGCCCGAACAUUCAUGGACCUCGUCGGCGAUGACUUGACCAAUAGGCAGGUACUUCGCUGGCUCAAGCGAUGGGAUCCAAUAGUAUUUCCGCAUUCCGCGAAAAGUAACCCUUCACGGCGACGUGGCGCACAAGGGCAGCAGCAGCAGCCAGAGGAGGAAAAGCCACACCGAAAAAUCCUCAUGUUGACGGGCCCGCCGGGUUUGGGGAAAACGACACUAGCACAUGUAUGCGCGCGACAAGCCGGCUAUGAGGUUAUGGAGAUCAAUGCCAGUGACGAGCGAAGCAAGGAUGUGGUCAAAGGGCGCAUCCGGACAAGUCUCGGAACCGAGUCAGUCAAGACGGUAGAAAACAAGAAGCCCGAGACGGGGAAACAGCAGAAGAUCGCUCGACCGGUAUGCGUGGUAGUUGAUGAAGUCGAUGGUGUCGUUAGUGGCUCGGGAGGGUCUGGCGAGGGCGGUUUCGUCAAAGCCUUGAUCGACCUGGUGCUCCUUGACCAAAAAAACAGUUCUGGGGCCGGGGCCUCUUCUGCGGCUGGCCGGAAAAAGAAGAAGGGGGAUGACUUCAGACAGAUGAGACCUCUUAUCCUGAUCUGUAACGAUGUUUAUCACCCAUCGCUUCGGCCGCUACGCCAAUCAGGCCUCGCUGAAAUCAUUCAUGUAGGCAAGCCCUCCGUAGAGGCAGUGGUCACUCGUCUCAAGACGGUCUUUGAGAAGGAGGGUAUCCCAUGCGAAAAGGAUGCUGCGCGCAAGCUCUGUGAGGCCGCAUGGGGAAUGACUAGUGGUAUCGAUGCCAAGCGAGGAGCCGAGGGCAAUGCCGAGGGUGAUCUCCGCGGCAUUAUGGUCGUAGGAGAGUGGGUUGCCGGCAGGUUACGAGCAACCAUUACCAGCACGCCGGUUCUUACAAGGCAGUGGAUUGACCAGAAUAUCGUCCAUGAUCUCGCUCACGGUGGUGGAGGUGCCCGCGGUCUAGGUCGCGGUGGCGUCAAAGAGAUUGUGAACCGUAUUUUCCAGGAAGGCGGUGGCUUCCCCACGCCACUUCUAUCACAAGCUGAGCAACCAAAGUAUGCAAAGCACGAACAACCACAGACACAGCUCGGUUUUUCAGAGCAGCGAAAGAAGUACGCGAUGGCGCGGUUAAGGGAGAUGAUUGACACGAGCGGCGAGGUCGACCGUAUCAUGACCGAGAUCUUCAGCGAGUAUCCCAACCGCGAGUUCAAUGACGACUCUUUCCUCACCAAGCCUGACUCGGCGUAUGAGUGGAUGCACUUCCACGAUACAUGUUCAACGAGGCUGUACUCCAGCCAGGAAUGGGAGUUAGGCCAAUACAUCUCCCAGCCACCGUUAGCAUGUCAUCACUUGUUCGCCUCCCCUAAACGACAUCAGCCUCAGAACACCGAAAGGAAAUGGGGUGACAUGAUGGAAGAAGCCGAAGCACCUCCGUUGCCCUUUAGCGGCCCAAGAGCAAACUUUGAGGCACACGAGGCCGAGAAGGUGAACAGAGCAGCGUUGCAGGGACUACAAGGGCAACUACCUCCUAGUCUUUACCGUCUGUUCCGUAGCCCCGAGGAUAUCUCCACGUAUUUCCUGCCAUAUCUAGUUCGUCUGGUAUCUCCCGAUGUGAAGCCCGUCGUAGUCGGUGGCAGCGACAAGAGCGGGGCGGUAGCGAGUGUGAGGAGGGAAGGCGAGAAGGCUAUGGUCAGGAGAGCGGCUCAAAUACUAGCUGAGGUUGGCAUCGCUUUGCAAAAGGGCAAGAUUGAGCCGGAUCCAGCAGUUGGGCAACAGUACCGGACACAAUGGGUUUAUCGCAUGGAACCAGACCUCGACACGCUCGCAACCUUUGAGACAGCGGGCGCCCUCGUCCUAGCCUCCCAAGCGCCAACGCGAUAUGCAGUCCGCCAAGUUCUAGACCAAGAGCUGCAAAAGACCAUCGCAAUACGCGAGAACGCCGCCAGGCAAGCGCGCAUGAACAACGGGCAGACUGCUAACUCUACCUUCAAGCCUCACGCGGCUGCUGCUCUCAGCGCCAUGGACUUUAACGCUAACAAGGAAAAUACGGCAAUGGUGGCCGAUCAAAAGGAAGUCAAAAGAGACUUCUUUGGCCGGGUGAUUGUGUUGGGUGAGAAGAACGGGAAUGCUACCGCUGCCGCUGGCGGGGGCGAUGGUAAGGAAAGCAAGAGGAAGGGGAGAAGCGACGUGGCUGGUGAUGAGAAGGACAUCAGGGUGUGGGUCACCUAUCACGAAGGGAUCAAUAAUGCUGUUCGGAAACCGAUCUCGUUGGAGGAGUUCAUGAGAGGAUUCUGA